CGCCGUUGAGAAUCUGGCACGAACACUAACAAGAACUAUAAGAGCAACACCACCCUCUCCCUCCCGCCACCCACAACCUCGGAGUGUGGAAAAAGCGGAGACGAGAUUCCUCUUUCACAUAGCUGCCAAUGGCGGUAGCAAUCAUCAAUAACCUGUUCUGUGUUUAUACCCCUACGACUCAACUCCGCAGCUCCUACUUGUGUUCCUUACGCCAUUCUACCCGCCUCUUUAGACGCGCUUCCUCUGCAUCUUCCCAGGCCUUUCUUGACCCCAAAUCCACCGAUGCCGUGAAACUUGAUAAGGAAGCUAACCGGAGCAAGAACUUAUUGGCUUGUCCCAUAUGUUACGACUCCCUGACGUGGACUGGUGAUCCUGCUUUCUCCAUAGAUGCUAUCCCUGGAUCUAGCUUGCAAUGUAGCACGUGCAAGAAGACAUAUGCAGGGAGGGAAGCAUAUCUUGAUCUAACGACGGCAAGUGGGGCUAAGAGUUAUGGGGAACCAAUGCCAGCUUCCACGGAGCUUUUCAGGCUGCCACUGGUAUCAUUUCUAUAUGAGAGGGGUUGGCGUCAAACUUUCUCUGUAUGGGGUGGUUUCCCAGGUCCUGAGAAAGAGUUUGAACUUAUGAAGGAUUUCUUGAAGCCAGUCUUUGGUGGAAACAUCAUUGAUGCAAGCUGUGCGAGUGGAUUAUUUUCAAGAUUAUUUGCGAAAAGCGGAUUGUUUUCUUCUGUAGCUGCUCUAGAUUUCUCUGAAAACAUGUUGCAGCAAUGCUAUGAGUUCACUAAGCAGGAGGAGAAUUUUCCAAAAGGGAACUUCAUCUUGAUCAGAGCGGAUAUAUCUAGGCUUCCCUUUGUUUCUAGUUCUGUUGAUGCUGUGCACGCUGGUGCAGCUAUUCACUGUUGGCCUUCACCAUCAGCAGCUGUGGCUGAAAUUAGUCGAGUUUUGCGACCUGGAGGGGUCUUUGUUGCAACUACUUAUAUACUCGACGGCCCUUUUUCUUUUGUCCCAUUUUUACGUGAACUACGUCAGAAUAUAAGGCAAGUAUCAGGCAGCUUCAUCACUCUGUCUGAACGUGAACUUGAAGAUCUCUGCACAGGGUGUGGGCUGGUCAGAUUUUCGUGCAUAAGAAAUGGGCCUUUUGUGAUGUUCUCUGCUGCAAAACCCAACUAAGGGGUGAGUUUCCUGGGUUCUCUCAGCCCUGCCUUCUCAUCGUAUUGUGCUGAAGAUGUUUUUACUUUGUAGGUAUGAUGGCAUGAUCAAUGUCUCCUACUCUUGAGAAGAUAUGAUACAUCAGACAGGUAUCUGUCAGGAGAGAAAAGCGCCCUCUAGAAAUGUUUAAAACACUUGGUCUGUAAAGAAAGGAUUAGGUUACGUUUUCUUUGGCUCUUCAACACUUUGUCAGAGACGCUGAAACAAGAUUCAACAUUCAAGAGAUAUUUCUUUCUUCUUCUUCUUCUGUAAAACACAACGUGCUGAAUCCUAGAAACUGACGGACGAAGGGUACAUGGGGAGGGACUGGAGCUCCUUGACAUAAAAAAGAAGCAGUGCUCUCACUUCACACGGGGCCUCUUCAUAAUUGCGUGUAAUGAGCUUCACACUCCACUCAUUAUGUAUUCCUCCGAGUUGUAAAGGCGGAUACUGAGCUUCACACUCCACUCGUAGUUUACGUAUUCCUGAGUUAGAGAGAAAUAUAUA